AUGUCUACCUCUACAUCUCUUCCAAACCCUGACAACAGCGAUCGCGACACACCGUCCUUCAAAGCCGCAGACGCAAUCCUCCAGGCCGGCAGCUCGGCCUUCAUCGCUGCACCCGCCCAAAAGGUCUGGGAAACUGUGAUCGACACAUCAACAUGGCCAGAAUGGAAUUCCUUCGUUCCCCGAGUGACAGUCUACUCUCAACCCGAUAGCGAUGCCAAUGAUACACUCUCACCCAUCCUCCAACUCGGCACAAAGAUGACCUUCCACGCUCGCAUGGAUCCUACAUCCACCAAGCCCCAGAAGUCAACCGAUACUGGACUCAUUGUUACGGUAUUCUCGCCUCCAAAUGCAGAGACUGGUGCAACGGGGCGUAUUGUUUGGGCAUUUGACCCCGAUGCGGCAACCACCUACUCUCCUUCGCUUUUAGCCGUGGAGCGACAGCAUGAAGUGCGUCAAGUUGAGGGAGGAACGGAGCUUCGGAACUGGGAGAAUAUGGUCGGGUGGUUGGCCUAUGUUGUUAGGUGGAUGUAUAAGAAGCAGUUGGAUGUGAAUUUUGAGAUGUGGUCUGUUGAGCUGAAGAAGUUUCUUGAGGGAGAAGGGAAUUAA